AUCACAUGUUUCCUUUGUUGUGAGCAGCGGCAGAGACUUGGUGGCUGGUGGAGACGCUGGCGCUGGCGAGAAGGCUGCGCCGCUGGCCGCUAAGGGACCGCGGGGGCCGCCGCUGCUGGUCACUGCUGCCAGCCGCUUCCAUCCUUCGCCGAGAGCCAGGAGUCACUUAGGCCAUUCAGAGUAACAAGGAAAAAUUCUGUCCUCAAGAUCAAAAAGGAAGGCAUUGUCACAGUCAUUUCUGUUACCAAGUGAGAUGUGCACACACUUGCAUGGACAGCCAUAACCCAAGACGUUGGAUGACCUGCAGUGAGGCAAACAUGGACUCUCUAAAUAAUAAAGAAAAUCUUAAAAGAGAUGGGAAGAAACUUCUUUUCUUCUUAGUUAGCAGUAAAUUUUAAAACCACCUAGAGAGGAUCUCUAACAGUCAUUUCUCAACAAUUACCUAGUCAACUGAUGUAACAAUGGUACUAAUAUUGGGACGAAGACUAAACAGAGAGGAUCUUGGGGUGCGUGAUUCCCCAGCAACUAAGCGUAAAGUUUUUGAAAUGGACCCCAAAUCUCUGACAGGCCGUGAGUUUUUUGACUUCUCUUCAGGAUCAUCCCAUGCUGAAAACAUACUCCAGAUAUUUAAUGAAUUCCGAGAUAGCCGCUUAUUCACAGAUGUUAUCAUUUGUGUGGAAGGAAAAGAAUUUCCUUGCCAUAGGGCUGUUCUCUCAGCCUGUAGUAGCUACUUCAGAGCUAUGUUUUGCAAUGACCACAGGGAAAGCCGAGAGAUGUUAGUUGAAAUCAAUGGUAUUUUAGCUGAAGCUAUGGAAUGUUUUUUGCAGUAUGUUUAUACUGGAAAGGUGAAGAUCACCACAGAGAAUGUACAGUAUCUCUUUGAAACAUCAAGCCUCUUUCAGAUUAGUGUUCUCCGGGAUGCAUGUGCCAAGUUCUUGGAGGAGCAACUUGAUCCCUGUAAUUGCUUAGGAAUCCAGCGCUUUGCUGAUACCCAUUCCCUGAAAACCCUCUUCACAAAGUGCAAGACUUUUGCCUUACAGACUUUUGAGGAUGUGUCCCAGCAUGAAGAAUUUCUUGAGCUUGACAAAGAUGAACUUAUUGAUUAUAUUUGUAGUGAUGAACUUGUUAUUGGUAAAGAAGAGAUGGUUUUUGAAGCCGUCAUGCGUUGGGUCUAUCGUGCUGUUGAUCUGAGAAGACCACUGUUACAUGAGCUCCUAACUCAUGUGAGACUCCCUCUGUUACAUCCCAACUACUUUGUUCAAACAGUUGAGGUAGACCAGUUGAUCCAGAAUUCUCCUGAGUGUUACCAGUUGUUGCAUGAAGCCAGACGGUACCACAUACUUGGGAAUGAAAUGAUGUCUCCAAGGACUAGGCCACGCAGGUCAACUGGCUAUUCUGAGGUGAUAGUUGUCGUUGGAGGAUGUGAACGAGUUGGAGGAUUUAAUCUUCCAUACACUGAGUGCUAUGAUCCUGUGACAGGAGAGUGGAAAUCUUUGGCUAAACUUCCAGAAUUUACCAAGUCAGAGUAUGCAGUCUGUGCUCUAAGGAAUGACAUUCUUGUUUCAGGUGGAAGAAUCAAUGGCCGUGAUGUCUGGAUUUAUAACUCACAGUUAAAUAUUUGGAUCAGAGUUGCUUCUCUAAAUAAAGGCAGGUGGCGUCACAAAAUGGCUGUCCUCCUUGGUAAAGUAUAUGUUGUUGGAGGCUAUGAUGGGCAAAACAGACUUAGCAGUGUAGAAUGUUAUGAUUCCUUUUCAAAUCGAUGGACUGAAGUGGCUCCCCUUAAGGAAGCAGUGAGUUCACCUGCUGUGACGAGCUGUGUAGGCAAAUUGUUUGUGAUUGGCGGAGGACCUGAUGAUAACACUUGUUCUGAUAAGGUUCAAUCUUACGAUCCAGAAACCAAUUCUUGGCUACUUCGUGCAGCUAUCCCAAUUGCCAAGAGAUGUAUAACAGCUGUGUCCUUAAACAACCUGAUAUAUGUGGCUGGCGGACUGACCAAGGCAAUAUACUGUUACGAUCCAGUUGAGGAUUAUUGGAUGCACGUACAGAAUACAUUCAGCCGGCAGGAAAACUGUGGUAUGUCUGUGUGUAAUGGUAAAAUAUACAUCCUGGGUGGAAGACGGGAAAAUGGAGAAGCCACAGACACUAUUCUCUGUUACGAUCCUGCAACAAGUAUCAUCACAGGGGUGGCUGCAAUGCCCAGGCCAGUGUCCUAUCAUGGCUGUGUGACUAUUCAUAGAUACAAUGAGAAGGGCUUUAAGCUCUAAAACCAGGAUACCUCACCCAACGAGCCACACUGAUCCGAGAGGAAAGAGUUUUAAAACUCCAGAGAGGGAACUUGACAUAUCUCCUUUGUGUCAUAUGCACAAAAAAGUAAAAAUAAUAAUUGUGGUGGCUUUCUCCCCAAAAUAUCAAUCUUCCAAAUUGUAAUAAAGCCUUUCCUGUAAUUGAAAAAAAAAAUAUCAUUGUUAUUGAAGGUAAUAGUGGUUGUCGCUUGGGCUUUGCAAGUACACCUUUGUAAGUAACCUGUUAAAGUAGGAAGUACUGUCUGCCUGCAUACCUUUUAGGAAUUUGUGAGUAGUGUCUUCAUUUAUGUAUGUUUACCUACAAACCAUAUUUCUUAUUUUGUCUUAUGUAUGUAUAUAGAAAAGUGUAUGACUUAAGGCUUCAUUUAGGUUGAAUCACAUAUGGCUUAGAAUGCUUAGAAUGCAUUCUAAGGGGGGAAAAUCCAUUUUAAAAAUCUUUGUCACUAAAAAUACAUCCAAACUGAUUAAUUUUUUGAAGGUUUUUUUCCUAUAAUUGAUAAAGAUGUAAUGGCAAUUUGAUAUUAUAAAAUGCUGGAUUAUUAUGACUUCAUUCUUAGAAUUGCUGUCUAAUAUUAAACAUUUUUGGGAGGAGGUUGGGUAGCAUUUACAAAAGCAAGUGCCCCCAAAAUGGGGGUUAAAAUUGCAGGUUAAUUCCUAAGAAAAAAUUGUGUAAAACUAUUGAAGGGAAUAUGACCCACUAUGGCUCUUAAAGCAUUUAUGUAUCAUCUCUAAAUCCUCUAAGGAGGCACCUUUUCUUAAACCUGGUGAAAGAGUUAUAAUCCAUUUGCAAUAUUAUCUUGUGAAAAACAGGGACAGAUUUUCUCCCUAGCCUGGUAGGGUUUGACCUCAUUAGUAUGGUGCUUUAGGUGAGGACAUCUUCCCUGGUUAUCCUACUUUAUUGUGAACAGCUAAAAAUCCUGGAAGUCUUUACUGUUAGGUUGCCUUCAAAGGGUAAAGCAGGGACCACCUAUCUCAGUGGGUCCAUUUUUCUUUUAAAAUUAGCUAUCUGAAAAAACUAACAGCAGUAGUUGUGGUCUUCUAAGAUAAAUCUUCCAUUUGUUGCCCAUUGUGAAGAAUAUUGAUCAACAUUCUCAAGCUCCUAUACAACAAAUUGCCUUUGUCUAGAUUUUCAGUUCCAGUUUUUAAAGCUCAGAGAGGAGUGUAAAAUUUUUUUCUAAUACAAAUGGGACUAUAGCAGGAACUACAGCAUAAGUGAUUGUUAUUAUUCCUGGGUAGACAGAUAAAAUUUACAACAUCUUGGGGAUGUUCCAGGUAGCCUGCUGCAUUUCAGCUUCCCAGACACUAUUGUCUCACAUCAUAAUUAUGUAUUCCUUGUCAUAGGAGCAAUGAUGCAAAUACGUGAUUAUAGUGUCACCAGAUUUCUGUUAAAACCAAGGUAGUAAUCAAAAACCUAACUAAUAAACUUUUUUUUAAUCUUAGAAUGAUACAUAGGUUUCAGAUAAACUAUAUAUAUAGCAUUAACUUUAAUGCUUGGCUAGAAUCUGAAUUCUGAGAAAAACUCUAAAUAAAAAUUAGGGAAUUUUUAUUUUUCAAAUCAUAAUUUGAUUAUAUGUACCUUUCUGUGACAGAUCAAAACAUUUCAGAAAGUAAUUUUCUAUCAUUUUAGUUGAAAGACAAUUUUAAGUUGGGUACUUGUUUUAAUAUUAGAGUAAAUAUACACUUCUGCAUUAUACCUUUGUAGAUAAUAAAACCUAUUUCAUUCAGGAAUUCUUUGUGAUAUAUGAGAUAAUGUAUGAGAAGUGUUUUGUAAAAGCUGAAGAUUAUACAAAUGAUACUUGUUAUUUUCAUGUGUAUGUGUAAGGUCAUACCCAUCUGUAAAUACAGAAAUUUCACACAAAAAAAUUUUCUCAAGAUAACUUGUACCUUUGUUGAUUGAAAAAGUAUUAACUAUUUACUUGUAUUUUGUUAUACAUUUAUUUUUAAUAUCCAUGUGUUUAUUUUGUGGUAAAUUUGAAAUGAAAUCCUGUAAAACAGCUUGUUUAAACAUGAACCUUAUACCACAUGGUUUAAUGUUUUUUUUCUACAUAAUUUGAAACUACAUAAAUUAAGUAGGCCACCAGGAACUCAGCUUGAAUCCUAUGAAAUUAAAGUAAAAAAAUUUUUUAAUUAACCAACUGGUAUUUUAAUAUCUUUUAAUUAUGUUCCUUUACUGAUUGUUGAUAAUCGUGUUUGCAUUGAUAAAAAUAAAAUUUUAGGGUAUAAUUAGUAUAUCAAAAGGGAUUUAUCAGCCAAAUUGGUAUCAGAUUAUAUUCAUACUAUUAUCACAUAGUUGAAAUUUUCUUUUGAUAGUUGAUGCUCAAAUAAGCCUUCGGGUUAGUAUGUCUGUAUAUACAUUGUAUAUAUGUAGAUAGAUAGUAUUGUCAUGUACACACAUACAUACAAACACCAAGAAUUUUAUCAGUUUGUGAUGAUCAGGAAAAAAAGCACAUAAAAUAAAAAUUGGUUGACCUUAUUAAAUUCAAUUCCAGAAGAUUUUUUUUCUUUGUGUAUUUCUAAAAUACUUUUCACAUUUGAAAGCACAUGAUAAAUAUAGUAUUAGUGUGAGGACGUGUAUACCCUCAGAAUCUGUUUAAUACAUAUGGUUUUUACAAGGUCAGAAAACAAAUUAGAGGUAGAGAUGAGUUUGCUGUACUCAGUUGUGAUACCUUAGUAGGAAAAGAACUUCAAGGCUAUGUUUUAUGAAUCAACAGAAAAUACAGCUGUUACUUUCUCCCAUGAGCUUUAAUCCUUUUUCACAUGUUGCUAUAUGUAAGUGUAGCUGCAAAGUGGUCUAAUUUUUACAACAGAAGUCCUUCCUUUUCUUCUCUAAUCUUCCCACUGACUUUACUACACAGGUAUGAAAUGGUAACUAUUGGAUCUUCAGUUAACCUUUUUAUUUUUCCUAGAUGUCUGAAAUAUAGGUAUUUACUCCAUUUAAACCAGGUGUUAAAAAAUGAUGUAAAUACUCAGGGAGGGUAUUAACUUAUCAUUUUUGCCUAUUUGGGGUAUUAAAGUGCCCUAACUAACCUUCAGUUCGUGAUUCUAAAUUUAAUUUGGUCAAUGGGCUUCACACAUGUCAGUGGUUGAACAUUCACUGUUUUAUAUUUAGAAAGAUGAAAAUGCUUUGUGAACUGAGACAUUUUCUCAUAUUGAAUAUGAAUUGUUUAUGUAUUUCUACUAUCAUAUAUAUACCCUUUCAAAACUCAGGAAAGACAAAGGUUCAAUUACACUACUUUUGUCAAUAUGCAAACCAGGUGUGUGUGUGUGUGUGUUUUCCUGUUUUCUGUAUAUGGCGAUAGAUUUUUGAAAAAGAAUAGCCAUGAGAAUCCUUACAUGAAAGGAGAGGGAUUGAACUGUUUGUGUGUGCCUUUGUGUCUUGAGAUUUAUGUGUGGAAAAGACAUCUACAACAGACUUUUUUCAAAGAAGAAAUAGUUGUUUAUGUGGUGCCAGGUGAUAAGUCUCUUAAAGGCUUCCUAUGGACUGCCUUUAUUUUACUAAACUCAAAAUACAAGUUAACCUCAGCAUAUAAUUUGGGCCUUAUUAGAUUUGUUGUGCAUUAUAUUGAAAGCCAUAUUUACAUCACCUCACCCUAUGACUCUCUUUGGUUAAGUAAAUUCACUGCACCAAGUAACCAGAACAGGGCAAUAUGGUUGACCUUUAAGGCAAUAGGUUUGACAAACUAGCUAUACUUAUUGUCACAUCUAAUGCGAGGCACCAGAAACCCUUUGAGCCAGUAGUGUGAAUUAGUAAUUCCAGAGACAUUUUCAACAUAAUUCAGACAUUUUUUUAAUGUAUUUAAUUAAUUUUACAUUUGUGUGAUUGCCUUAGAUACUAAAUUGACUUAGUGCUAAAGAUGAUCAUAAGUAAUUUUUUAAGAGCAGCAAUAGUCAUAACUUAUUUUAUGUAUUGUUCCAAAGAAAAUAAUUUGUUUUAAUAUUUUCAAAAUAACUGCAUCUGAAUUUAUGUGCCUUAAGUUCUCUAGUGCUGUUUUAACUUUUUUUUCAUGCUAAAUAAAGCUUACCUGAGAUAAGUUUCAUGUGUAUUUCCUAUAGAAUAAAUAAAUUUCCCUUCUUAAAUUUUUUAAUGAGCACCAAACAUGUAGUUCCUUGGUAGAACUGAGAAUGUUAAGAAAUGUUAAUGGAUGUUCAGAGUUUUAUUAUAUUUGGAGUUUUUUGUUUUUUUGAUAUCAAGGUGCUCUUUAAGAUACUCAGAAAAAUACCAUACUGAUUAGACCCUUGUAAAUGACAUUUGCAGUAUUUUCAUCUAAUGUCAAAAAAGUAAAUUACUUAUUUUUGUUCCAUUAUACUUUUUUCUAUAUAGACUUUUUCAUUUUAUCUUUCUUUUCUUUAAAAAGUUCUUAACUCUUCCCUUGUCCUAUCACCCCUUCCCACAGUUUCUUUACUAAAAUUUUUGUUGAGACAGUUUCUGGAGCUAAGACACACAAUUACAGAGUAGAACAAAAGUAUAAUAUGCUUUACAACUUGUACAGACUGGUGGCAGCCAAAUGUGAUUUGCUUUCAGUUAGAGACUCCAGAGUUUUCACAGUGGAAGAAAAAAAGUGCUUUGUAUUUCUUUGUUCUCAAUUUAUUUGUAGCACAUUAAUACUUGUCUUGUUUAAAUAUACUUUGUGCAUAGUUUUGAAUUUUUUAAAGUUAUAUCUAGUAAAAGUGUCUUUUAACCAUUAUUACUUGACCAUACAGUUGUAUUAAAAUUUGUUUACCAAAA